AUGGCCUGUUUAUGCGGGUGCAUCAAUCAACUGAUUGAUAACUUUGAUCCGAAAACGGCCGCCGGCCUCGCCUCAUCCCUGAACAAGCACCUCGAGGCCAUCCGAAGCAUCCUCGCUAGGAAUAAAUCCCUCGCCAAGGAGGUGCGCUACCAGAUCAUCCCCAGCAACCAGCGCACAGCAAAGAUCUUGUCUCUACACUCUAUCGAUCUUGUCAAGAUUGAGAGGCUGCAUAGCGUGUUUAAAGAUGACGUCAAGGGUUUUUGGGUGGCGUCUGGUGAUGCGUUGCACCAGGAGUUACGAAGGCGGAUCUCGUGUAUUACGAUAUUUUUGAGGUCUAAGGUGGAUGAUAAUGCGUGGGCGUCGCAUGAUGUCGCGAAUCUUAUACAGGGACGUACGUUGUCGGAAUUGAGAUAUGCGGGUAGUAAGUAUAUCAAGAUCGCUAGAAGAUUGGGAGGGAUUGGGUCGAUCCUCUGGCUGCCGCUAGAAAUACCGGCCUCUACGUAUGAGCGUUACCUUAACAUGGAUGACGCCGAGGCCUUUGAUCACAUCCAGAACCUAGGCGCCGACGCGCCGGACCUGAACCUUUUCGUGCAGCGCCUCAUCACGGCUCAACUUGACGAGUAUGGAGACUGCAUAUCACCAGCCGAGCAGGGUCUUCUUCUGCUGCAUGCUCUUGGCGGAAAUGACAUUCCGCUGGAUUUACUCAAAUGCGCCAAGAUUCCCAUGAGACGAUGGACCAAUGAAGGCGAGAUACAGAGCAUAACCGCCUCCGACUUCGGGUUCAACGCUGAAAUAAUCGGGCUGUUGUCUAGCGACGAGCGUCUGGCGGAAUUAGGUCAACGGUCAGAGAUUACACAGCAGGCGUUGGAGGAUGGCACGAUCAUCUGGUCUUUAUCGCCUGAGGCGCAGAAAGACCUUUCUCAUCGAUUGACACCGCAGACAACGGAAGAUUGGGCGACGACUGCGCUCAGGUUGCUCUGCUUUGCGUGUCCUCCUUGCUACGAAGGCAAAGUCAAUUGGGCACUGCCUCUGAAAAAAGCGAUAUGGAAUCUUCUUGACAAAGCGACGAACCAGAAACGACUGCCCUCUUCACUUCGCGCAUGCGUCAUCGAAGCUCUCCUCUUCUUCUGCGAACGCGACCUCUUCGCAAUUCGCUAUGCAGCCGUUGAACGAGCAAAGUCACUUCUUCGCAAAAAUAUGUCAUUUUACUACCAAGCAUCAGUUACUCUCUUUGACAGCAUAAUAUCGCGCAUUGACGGAAACUUUCAGCGGUCGGAGGCGCUGAUUGUUGACUUUUUGGCAGCUGAUCAUGAGGGGAAUACACGAUCUGAUAAUGCAUUACGAGGAAGAUUGCACAUAUCGAAUAUUGAGAACAAAAUACAUCGGUAUGAUCCUGGCGUUGCAUCGACGAUAUAUAACUGGGAAGGAAUUCAUCCCCUUUCGACAUUCGAGAUUGAAGUUACGAGAAGACUUCAAGGCGUGGCGGCAAAGUUCUUCCAUUCCAUCGGAGACUUCAAGACCACUAGGGCCUCGUUGGAACAGCAUCUUUGGCUCAACUCGACGAUGCCGAUAAGACCGAAUACUCGAUUACUCAUUGUCACACGGCUAGCUGAGAUUCAUUGCGAGUUGCACGAGUAUGAGAAAGCACUGGAGAUUAUUCAAGUCGAACUCGAUGGCAUGACUGCACGCAAAGGCCGGCCGUUCCGAAGAUUAUCCAUGGCCAGAGCAGAAGGCUACAUCGGCCUCAACCGCUUAUCCGACGCGACCACCGUUCUGCAAGAACUCAUUAGCGUUGAACCGCCUGAACUCGAUGAUCUAAACGAUCAAGUCCUUCGUGUCCGGCGUCUAAUCCUCUCAGCGCGUAUUCACCACGAAGGCAACAACUUCCCCGAAGCGCUACAGCACUGGCAACUUACGGGUCAAAUGAUAGAUAGUCUAUCGAUAUUCAAGUCCCGACAUGGCUGGACCCUCGCCAUUGUACAUUUAUCCAUGGCGCAUGCGCAUAUUGCCCUGGGAAAUGAGGAACUUGCGCGACAGGCGUGGAAUGCAGGUGUUGAGAUUGCGAUGAGGGAGAGGUUUGAGUAUGUGUUUCCUGUGCUGGCGACGACGUGGCUGCAUAAGAUUGUAGGGGAGAUUCAUGAGGUUAAGGGAUGGCCGUUGAGGGUGAUGUUGCCGGGGGGUAAGUCGGAUUUGACGUGGCUGUAG